UGACGUAAUGUCGGGGUUUUAAAGAUUAUUUUUCCACAGUGCUCGGCAAAGUUCAAGUCAUGGAUAGUUGUUUCUUUUUACGAGUUCAGUUACCUAUAACAGUGUUAUUAUCAUGCAUGUUUACAUUCUCCACCGGCAGCGAAAUUAAUUUUGUAACGUGUGGAUCGGUGGUAAAGCUGCUCAACGUGAAACACAACGUCAGAUUACACUCUCAUGAUGUCCGAUAUGGAUCUGGUAGUGGUCAGCAGUCGGUCACAGGUGUAACCUCAGUGGAGGACAGUAAUAGUUACUGGAGUGUUCGUGGCACCACUGAGGCCAUAUGUCAUAGAGGGACUCCUGUUAAAUGUGGUCAGAACAUUCGCCUCACCCAUGUCAAUACGGGCCGCAAUCUGCACAGCCACUACUUUACCUCUCCACUUUCUUCAAAUCAGGAGGUCAGCGCGUUUGGUGAGAACGGUGAGGGUGACCAUCUUGACGAGUGGACCGUUCUGUGUGCAGGCUCAGUUUGGCAGCGUGAGGAGUCUGUUCGGUUCCGUCACACAGCCACUGAGGUUCUGUUGUCGGUGACGGGUGAACAGUACGGCAGACCCAUCCACGGCCAGAGAGAAGUGCACGGAAUGAUGAUCAAUAGCCCACACAGCUACUGGAGAACAAUGGAGGGGGUCUUUAUGAAACCAAGUGAGAUUGGACCCAAGGAUUUCUACAGCCCACUACACACAGAGUUUUAAAGGAACAUGUUGUACAAGAUCUGCUGGACUCUCUGUUUUAUAUGGUUUUGUUGUUAAACUUAAAGGAAUGGUCACCCAAAAAUGAUGCUUAUAACAACAUUAACUAAUCUUCAUUAGUAUUACUUACUUUCUUUUGUGAACCACAGCUAGAUAAAGUAUGGAGAAUGUUAGCACCUCAGUGAGUCACAAUUCACUUUCACUGUGUUAAAAAAACAUUAUUAACAUUCUUUAAAAUGUUAAACUAAAGAAAAGACAUUUUAUGGUAUGGAAAAACAUGAGUGUGAGUUAAUGAUGACAUCAUUAUUGGGUGUACUGUCCCUUUAAGCAGAAAGUAUUCAGACUGUGCCUCGUGAUCAUUUUAACACUUGAAUUAUAGGAUGUUAUAUUGCAUAGUCAACAUAUAAGACAAACUGAACUGAAUGUCAUUCAUUGCUUUAGAUUUUCAAAGGUGCUGUUAGCUUUUCAAACUAAUUUUCUGAUUUAUUGAUCCCAGAGCAAAAGUUCAAUUUCAGUUUUUCAAACAAACUUGUGGUUUGUACAUACUGUACUCACCUAUUAGAUUAUUCAAUUAUUCUAAUAUACCAUGAAAAGCAUGGCCAUCUGUUUGUACCUUAUCACAGUGUAAUACAUUUGCAUACAUGAAAAAUUACAGAAUAUGUGCUUGAAGGUAGAUUUCUGCACUUAACAGAAAACAGCUGUGGGACAUUGUGUUAUUUCACAAAGCUAUUGUACUUGCUGUACCUAAGUAUUAUACCAGUUAUUUUUAUGUGAAGCAUGUGUUUUUAGGAACAGGUGGUAUUUUAGGUUUUCUAGUAAGGUGAAAUAAUGCAAUUUUUUAAAAUUCCACUUAAAAUAACAAAUAUCUGCUUAUAAGUUUAUGGUUAAAAUCAAAACAUAUAUUUAAAAAGUGCCUUUUUUAUUAUGAUAAACAUUUACUAUAAUUACAUAUAAGUGCUGUGCAAUUUAAGUUACACUUUAAAUGUAAUUGAUGCAAUUUGUUAUUUUCUUGAUAUGAAUAUGUAGUUAUGACUUGUAAGCCAAUAUUUUGUCUACAUGGGUACAGGUCAAAAUCAAAUAUGUUAUAUAAGAUGUUGUCAAUGAACAAUGUCACAGUGUUAAUUUCUACACAGUUACAAAUGAGGACACACUUAACUCUAGGAAGAAAAUAUACCUCAUUAUGUUCAGGCCUUGGAAAACAGUAUUUUUCAAUGUUUUAAAAAUGUCUGUGUGUUCUCGCGACUUGUGUAAAAUGCUAUUUUGUAGAUUAUAGAGAUUAGAGAAAGCUGCUUCAUUUGUUGUUGUCCUGUUUUCUUUAUCUUUGCAUCUGCGUGCAAACAAACAAUCCAAUUAGUGCAAAAAAAUGUACAUCUUAAGCUAACAUCAUCUCAAUCAAGUAAUUUCUAAAUGUUUGAAGCAUAUAAAAAAUGAAAAUGUACAUUUUUGUAAACGUUUUACGUUUUUAGAAGUGCAUUAGAAAUAUCAAUAUAAUGCAGUAAGGAUUUUAUGCAUUUUAAGAUUUAGCAAACAUAUGCAGAUUCAUCUGUGCUUACUGGUGCUGUUAAAGUCAAGUAAACAAAGCUUUAAAAAGCUUUUUUGUCUGUUUUGACUAUAUUUUCCCCUAGAAAAUGAAUUGAAAAUGAAUGAAUCUUUGCCAGUUCAUGCCAGUUGAAAAUUUUGGCUUCAUAACAUUUAACAACCUCCUUAUAUGAAAUAGAUAUUUAAAGAUACAUGUGAUACACCUGUACCUAAAUGGCACAUGUUAGGACCUUUUCAAACGGUAACAUAGUGAAGCU